ACUCGCUCUCUGACCUCGAAACUCUCGAAGCUCUCCUCGUUGUACCUCUCUCACCCUCUGUGUGCGUGUGUGUGUGUGUGUGAGAGAAAGCUCUCGUGGUACCGACCCCCGGCUAGACCACCGCACCAUCAUCAUCCCCGCUACUCUUCCUCUUCCACUUCUUCCUCCUCCACCGGCUUUUCCUCCUACCCUUCGUCCUGCCGAUAGCCGUACGCACCGCGCGCUUUGAGUUUUCGUCACUCGUGACGAAACCCGCGUCUCGUGACCACCUCGUGGAAGCGCCGCAGCAUCCGUGGAGAAACGGCACCGAACAGCAGGGGAUCUGGCAAUCACACCGAAUCAACUUGGUACAGGAGGCUCCUGAGGACACGGGACCAGUGUUUUACCUGCGUGCGCUCGCACAGUUACAACAGACGUAAGGAUCGCAGAAUUCCUCUUGGUCGACGAACACGACAAUGAUGUUUCUGCAACGAGCCGUACUUAUCUUUGUGAUUUUCCUGGGUUGUUUCUGGUCUUGCUUGAGUACGAAUUGCGCAAACUUUCCUUUCCAUCCUUCUUGUCGAGGUACGAUGAAGAGGACGUUCCGUGAACUUGGGUUUUCAAACUUUUACCCUCAUUAUCGUCGUAUGUAUGAUAAUUCACGUAAUGGUUGCUCUCCCAACGAUUGCAAAGGACAGAUAAAGUACCUGUUCACGCUUCUCAAAAAUAAUGCCAAUCUCCAACCACAAGACUCUAAUGAACAGAAUCUAUAUAACGACUACGAGGCAGUGAGAAGGUUGAUAUCUGAACAAAGGUCGAACAACAACUUAUUUGGGAUGAAGGAUAUGAAUCAGGACUACAUCGAUUGAUUUGGCGAUCGCGGGAUAAUAUCAACGCGAUUCACACAAAAAAUGACUGACCGAUCGAUACUUCAAACAAAUCACUUUCGUCCGUUUAACUGUUAUUAUUUAUUACACUACCCGACUCGAUUCCGACGUUUUCUCUGCAAUCAUCGAUUCCAUUCCUCGAUAGAUCCCUUGUUUUCCUCACAUUACUAUUUGACCUUUUUUUAUCCUUCUUUCUCCUUUUCUUUCUCUUCUUUUUUCUCACCUAUUCUUUCUCCUGGCAAAUUGAUUAUUUCUCAUAAAUUCGAUUACAAAAACGCGUCCGCAUAUGUUGUUAUCAAUUUCUGAUUUCUAGAUAAUAAAUAUCUAAUCCAUAAUGAAAAAAAACCGAUUUAUUAUCUCAAUAUUAUUGAAUCUCUCUUUUUCUCUUUCUCUAUCCCCCCCCCCUCUCUCUCUCUCUCUUUUACUGGAACACACGGGAAGUAACAACAUUGGAUUAUUCUCAUUUAAUCUUUUCAAUAUCUCCAUACAUUAAUAUUUCGCAAAUUAUUCUUAAUAAUUCCUACUUAAGGUGACCCAAAAUGAAGCGUCUUGUCAAUCAAUUGUUCAUUGAAAAAUAAAUGUCAAACAGUGUCAAACUAGUUCUAACUCGAUAAACGUUCUACGAAAUAACCGUUCUAAAAAAAUAAUAAAUUCCAGUUUAUGUUUAAGAAAAAUCGCCAUUCUUUCAUGUGGCUUAUAUUUUAAUUCGUCUUGCACUCAUCUAUUAAUAGUUGAGAGAACUGAAUGAAAUCAGGUCGGCAAAAUGUUAUAUUCCUUAAGUGUCGAACAUUAUUCUUUUGAUUAUUGUUCCACGAAUACUUAGUUUUCGUCGACAUUUGAAAGUUUCUCUUCGAAUUUAUAUGCACAUCUGUGCAUGAAGUGUGCAUAAGUGGUUGUCUUAAUAUGAUCAAGUUAUUGUAUAUGAAAAAAUGUAAACAAUAUAUAAAAUAUGCUCCAGAUUGUUUCGAUUAUAUUUCAAAUAAAUAAAAUAUAUGUAUAUA